AUAGACUGGAAGCUGCACAUUGCAUCGCAUAACAAUUUUCCAACAGCUGCUGGCUUGGCAUCUAGCGCUGCGGGUUAUGCAUGCUUAGUACAAACGCUGGCAUUUUUGUAUGGCGUUGAAGGUGAAGAAUUGACGGCAAUAGCGCGGCAGGGCAGUGGGUCAGCAUGCCGUAGUUUAUAUGGCGGCUUUGUACGGUGGCACAUGGGUAACCGUAGUGAUGGCAGUGACUCCCUUGCACUACCUGUAGCUCCGGCUGAACAUUGGCCAGAAUUGCAUAUUUUCAUAUUAGUUGUAAAUGAUGCGCGUAAAAAAACUAGCUCAACCAAGGGCAUGCAGUUUGCUGUGGAAACAUCAGAUCUGAUUGCACAUCGUGCGAAACAUUGCGUGCCAGAACGUAUAGCGGCAUUAAUCCAAGCUAUUGCAAGCAGAGAUUUUCAAAAACUGGCUGAAAUCACUAUGCGCGAUUCGAAUCAAUUUCACGCUAUUGCAUUGGAUACGUAUCCACCAUGUGUGUACAUGAAUGAUGUUUCGCAUGCGAUCGUAGAAUUCGUGCACUCCUACAACGAAGCAGCAGGAGAGAUAAAGCUUGCCUACACUUUUGAUGCAGGGCCCAAUGCUUGUUUGUACGUGUUGGAACGGGACGUAUGCGCUGCGUUGGUGGCCAUCAAAACCAGCUUUCCAAAUGAGGAGGAACACAGUGUCGAAUAUGUUAAAGGUAUACCAGUAGGAUGCGAGCUAAAGGAGAGUAACGGUUUCAAUGGCAACGCAAGUUUGCCUAUUAAUAACAAGAAUCUCCUUAAAUAUAUUAUUCACACGCGUAUUGGCAAUGGNAUCUAG